UGACUUAGACGCAGCUAAUGUAAAACCGGCAAUUCGCCACACACGCUGCUGUUGCCAGUAUCUGAGCUAAAGUCUCACAGCUACCGGCACGGGAGGUGGUUACUUCAAAAUCACAUCGAACUCAACCUCAAACAUAUUAUCGAUUCUAUCCUGUUGAAACCAGUUGACCAAAGAAAUGGUGAUGGAGAAGCCAAGUGCCCAGCUUGUCGGGCGAGAGUUUGUCCGACAGUACUACACCCUGCUGAACCAGGCGCCCGAUUACCUUCACAGGUUUUAUGGCAAGAACUCGUCUUACGUUCAUGGGGGUCUGGACAGUAAUGGCAAACACGCUGAAGCUGUCUUCGGCCAGUCUGAAAUCCAUAAGAAGGUAAUGGCUCUGAGUUUCCGGGAUUGCCACACUAAGAUAAGGCAUGUGGAUGCCCAUGCCACUCUGAAUGAGGGAGUGGUGGUGCAAGUCAUGGGCGAGCUGUCCAAUAACAUGCAGCCCAUGAGGAAGUUCAUGCAGACGUUUGUUCUGGCGCCUGAGGGCACUGUUGCGAAUAAGUUCUACGUGCACAAUGAUAUUUUCCGGUACCAGGAUGAAGUUUUUGGCGACUCCGACUCCGAUGCUCCUGAGGAGUCUGAGGAGGAUGUGGAGGAGCUGGAGCGGGUCCACUCACCUGAGGUGGUCCAGGAUGAGCCUUCCGGAUACUAUGAACACCCACCAUGUGUUGAGCCAGAGGGGCCACAAGAGGAGGUAGCGGUGACCCCAGAGCCACAGCCUGAGCCAGAAGAAGACGUGGAGUCUGAGCCAACAGCUGUAGAGCUGAAACCGGAGCACGUCAGUCAACCCGAGACUCAUGCCGAGGAAAAGAGUCAAAGAGCUCCCGCUUCACCCACUCCUGCUGACACUGCACCCACCAUGCCAGAGGACAGCCGCCGGCCGUCCUCAUGGGCUUCAGUCACAAGCAAGAAUCUCCCACCAGGAGGAGUGGUCCCUGUGACAGGAGUCCCUCCACAUGUUGUCAGAGUUCCCUCUGCUCAGCCACGUGUAGAGGUGAAAGCAGAAACACAGACCACAGCACAGAGACCCGUGAGAGACCAGAGACCACGCGACCAAAGGCCAGGACCGUCUCCAGCUCAACGAACACCUAGACCAGUGCGGGAGGGGGAGAGCGGUGAGUCAGAGGUGAGGAGAGCAGUCCGGUACCCUGACAGCCAUCAGCUCUUUGUUGGAAACGUGCCUCACGACGUGGACAAGACUGAACUCAAGGAUUUCUUUGAACAAUAUGGAACAGUCCUGGAGUUGAGGAUCAACAGCGGUGGCAAGCUGCCUAACUUUGGAUUUGUGGUAUUUGACGAUUCUGAGCCAGUGCAGAAGAUUCUCAGCAAUCGGCCCAUUAAGCUGCGAGGAGACGUCCGACUCAACGUGGAGGAGAAAAAGACCCGCUCUGCCCGUGAAGGUGACCGGCGAGACAUCCGCCCCAGAGGCCCCGGUGGACCGCGAGACAGGAUAGGCGGUUCAAGGGGACCACCCACCCGUGGAGGCACGGCUCCGAAACCUAGUUUCGGAGCCAGUCGCGGCACAGGAUCCAGCGAGGCCCGCUACACGGGACCACGUCAGUGAGGCAGCUUCAACGUCAUUCGCUGCUGAUGCAAGUCACCCUGGUUCACACAGAUGGCUUCCCUUGUUCCCAGUCUACAUCCCCCCCCACUCCAGGACCCGGAGUGUGAAUUCUUUAUCUGGACUCUUCCUUUUAUUUCUGAGUUUGAACUUGAAUUUGUUGUAAAAAAACAAAACUACUUGAAUUGGGGAAGGAGAAACCUGGCUUUUCGUUCUCUCCCUGUUUCUUAAAGGAACGUGUUUUUACUGCUUGGGCAAUCCUGUGUAUUGCUAGCACCCGCUUUCAGGUCAAGUGCAAGUAUGGUUUUAUUUGGAAUUGUUGCCAAGUCGAAUCAUGGUUGUGUGUGAGUGACUAUCUAGCAUGUAAAGAAUCCUGUUUGCCUUCUACUGUUGCACUUCAUCAAGAAUGACAACAUUUUAACAACUCCACUGAUGAGAGAACAAAAUAAACUAUGUACUAUUUUGAA